CAUUGCUCCAUCAUCACACCACUCAAGAUUCUUGCAUUAUCUCAGCCUCAGGCUGAAACGCUGCCUCUGCGUCAAUUCUGCCUUCAGCUCCUCCAUGGCCUGGUCGAGAUCGCGCCGCAAAUAGGCUGACAGAACGGAGCAAACGCAUAUGAUUGGCCGGGUGAUGGCGUCAGGAGGGGUAGCUUGGAAUGAAACUUCCAUAGAACAGAGGAUAUUCUGCCUUGAGCUUUCGGCCAAGACUUCUCAUGGGUUAUGAAAGAACAAAGUCGACUCAGGGUGAAAUGGCAGUGCUUAUACGAAUUUACCAAAAUUAUAUACCAUGACGUCUCCAUACAUAAAACUACACGGAAAGAGCAUUAGAGUAUUUCAUCUUGAUCCCCUGAGCGAACUCUCCAGCAACAUAUCAGGCUCGCUUCACGAGACAUCACUACAUAAUCCUGCGGCCUACGAUGCGCUAUCAUAUGGGUGGGGAGCGCCAGAACCCAAAUUCUCCAUAGGCGUUGGAAAUGGGAGCAUUCAAGUGACCAAAAACUGCUAUGAAGCCCUUCUUAAAUUGAGACACCGCGCUCGAAAACGGAUAUUGUGGAUCGACGCCAUUUGCAUUGAUCAGGAAGAUGAAAAGGACAAGAGCCACCAGGUCGCCAUGAUGGCCGAUAUCUAUUCGAAAGCCGACAGAGUCAUUGUGUGGCUCGGAGAGAGUACGCCAGAGUCCGACUACGCGCUCACUUGGUGCCAGCAUGUGUCCCGCAUGUCUUUCAGCUGGCCCGUAGCAAAGUUCAACUACAGACCAAACCUAUCGAGAGCAAAAGAGCGGCGUCGGGUCGCUACCUGGUUCAGAGAACGCGGCACAGCCUAUGCUCUUCGCUUUUGCCCACGGUGGCAUCCUUAUAAGUCAAGAUCGAUGCAGGACUUGUUGAAUAGAGGCUGGUUUACCAGGACCUGGACGAUCCAAGAAGUUGCCCUGGCCUCCGCUCCUCUCGUAAUGUGCGGCGAAAAGACAAUACUGUGGGGAAACUUGAUGGGCGGCUUCGACGUUGCCUUCGAACACGAAAACAUCGACACAGUCCGUUCUGCACGGAACGCAGCGCAGUGUAUCGAAGUCCUCUGGCUGUGUCUUUUACAAAAGAGCUGGGACGACAGCGACGCUCGGUUCUACGACAUGGCACUGGCCUUAUUUUCGUCGGGCUCGAAGAAAGAAACGCUUCGAAGAUUUCGCGUGCUCAAGGAGAUUUGCGUGCGUACAUUGCUAGUACUCGUUGUUGGUAUGGCGGUAUACCGAUUCGACAGGGACCACUGGAGGCUGGAAAAUAGUGAUUGGGAUGCAUGGAUACUUGUCAUUCUCAUACUCUCCCUCGGAUUUAUAAUGGCAUUCCUCAACCCGCCCGAAGAAUUUGCCGAAGGUAGGCAACAGCUGCUUCGAAAGGCUCUGAUCAACAACAUCAACCUUGUCCGCCUUCGUGGCGCGACCGACUUGCGAGACAAGGUUUUUGCAUUGUAUGGCGCAUUCCAAGCUCUCGGUAUCGCCUUAGAUGAGCCAGAGUAUGAACACAGCACCGUUGCUGACGUCUAUUUUCGUUUUGCACGACGCAUCAUUGAGUGGCAGAACAAUCUGGAUAUACUAAUCGAGGCUUCGUUGCCAUCGUAUCCAGGAACACCUACAUGGGUGCCUGAUUUGAGCAGAGAAUAUCGCAGAUGGGACGUGCAGCAUUUCAAGGCUGCCGGAAAUUCAGCGCCUAAUUUCACAUAUUUGGUCGGGAUACUGCGAACCGCAGGACUACUUGUGGAUAUGGUAACUGAAACCUGGGUGGUAGAGUCCAAAUGGAAAUCCAGCUUCCUAACAAACGAGAAGGGAUAUGAGGGGAUCACUCCAGGUCCUGUACAGGCUGGUGAUCUAAUAGUAUUGAUAUCUGGUCUACGGGUGCCCAUGGUACUCCGCGGAGUGGGUGAAGGCUACCAAGUCAUUGGGAUGGCCGAGGUGAAGGGAAUCAUGGGUGGCGAAGCUUGGGAUGAUAAAGCACUCAAAACUAUGUUUGACUUAGUGUAGGGUGCUUCCAAACCCCGAUAAACGCAUAAUUGAUCUGCUUUUCGGUCCGAAAGUCGUUCGCGAAGAGCCGUCACCGCCCACUGCGCAUAAGGGGUGGUGACAAUCGAUAUGGAAGUAAGAAGACAAUGAUAUGCCAUCAGUCGCUU